AUGACUAAACGAAGCAUUUCAUGGAAGCUAGUUUCUUGCUUAUCCUCCACUAAGUUCUCCUUGAAUGUCCUGUGCCUCGUCGUCACAGUUUUCGUUAUUCUUCAAAUCUGGUCAUUUCACAUUAGCUUACAACCCACUUCACUCCCUCCUUCACUACGCACAUAUCUAAACCACCAACAACAUCAACCUGAACAAAUAUCAGAGAGCGAGACGGCUUACUUGGUGGACAAGCUACGUGAGUCGGUAACAUUCCUUCCCCUCAAAGACCUUCGUUUUUCAAACAAACCACUCGAAGGUCAUACAUGGUUUAUGAGCUCUCUCUAUGAUAACCAAACCAAAGGAGAGGUUCAAUAUCAAGAAUUUCCUUCCGAAUCUUCGAAAGGAAGGCUUCUGUGCUUGAAAGGGGUCGAUGAGCAUGAUGGGUCAUGGAACUACUAUGCACUGGCUUGGCCUCAAGCUCUACCGGUCAAUGCCAGCCUCCGGAAAGGCCUGACAUUUGUUUCCUACAAUCAUUACAAUUACGGUAACAUGUGGCAUGGACUAUCCGCCAUGGUCCCAUUUCUUGCUUGGAGCUUAAGAAACCAAUGCGAAAACCCUCAAACAUGGGUUUUAUACCACUGGGGCGAGCUAAGGUUUGGGAUGGGGAACUGGUUGAGCAACAUCAUCUCAGCGAGUUACGGUCGAGAACCGGAAUUUCUACGGUUUGUAGACGAGAACAGGCCGGUUUGCUUCGAGAAGGCCGUUGUUAUGAGACACAAUGAAGGUGGAAUGUCGAGGGAUAGAAGAAUGGAAGUGUUUGACCUAAUUAGAUGCAAAGCGAGAAACUACUGCAGCAUCAGCACAUCCGAGACAUCAAAACCGAAAAUCGGUAUGACAUUGCUUAUGAGAACCGGACCAAGAUCGUUCAAAAACGAGUCAGCCGUGAUCAGUAUCUUUAAAAGAGAGUGUGAGAGAGUACAAGGGUGUGAACUAAAAGUUUCUUAUUCAAAUAAUCUAACAUUUUGCGAGCAGGUGGAGCUGAUGAGAAUGACUGAUGUGUUAGUAUCACCACAUGGUGCACAACUUACCAAUUUGGUACUAAUGGAUAGAAAUAGUAGUGUGUUGGAGUUUUACCCCAAAGGAUGGCUUAAGCUUGCAGGAGUUGGUCAGUUUGUGUACAAAUGGGGAGCUGAUUGGUCAGGGAUGAGACAUGAAGGGUCUUGGCGUGAUCCGGUUGGGGAAAUAUGUCAGUUUCCCGAUACAGAUAGACGGUGUAUGUCGGUCUACAAGAACGGUAUGAUUGGAUACAAUGACACUUAUUUUGGUGAGUGGGCAAGAAGCGUUUUGGGUAAGUUGAGAGAAAGAAAGAUGGAAGAUGUUGUAGAACGUAGCUACGGUUAUGGUUCGAUAGAUGAAUGUCGGUGCUGA